CAAACACUCUUUGAGUCGCACCCUUUAUUUAUAGCAAAUCGCACCCAAUUUUACUGGUGAACUAACACCUCCUCCUCCCUUCCUUCCUUCCUUGUUUUUAAUUUCUUUUGUCUCCCCCAAAAUUUAAAAUCCAAAUUCCCAUUUCCAUUUUCCCUUUGUUUUUGGAAUUAACGAAACGAUGGAGAAAAUGACCGUACAUGAAAAUGGAUAUGGGAAUGGGAAUGGGAAUGGAUUCUGUACUAGUACGCAGCACCGCUACCAAAACGACGACGAUCCGUUGAACUGGAACGCGGCGGCGGAGUCGGUGAAGGGGAGCCAUUUGGAUGAGGUGAAGAGGAUGGUGAGUGAGUACCGGAAGCCGGCGGUGAAGCUGGGCGGCGAGACGCUGACGGUCGCGCAGGUGGCGGCCGUGGCGGCGUCCGACGGCGGAACGGCGGUGGAGCUGAGUGAGGCGGCGAGGGCGGGGGUGAAAGCGAGCUCGGAGUGGGUGAUGGAGAGUAUGAACAAAGGAACGGACAGUUAUGGGGUCACCACCGGUUUUGGCGCCACUUCUCAUAGAAGGACAAAACAGGGAACUGCUCUGCAGGCCGAGCUUAUUCGAUUCUUGAAUGCUGGAAUAUUCGGAAACGGGACGGAGUCUUGCCAUACACUACCUCAUGCUGCAACAAGGGCUGCAAUGCUUGUAAGAGUUAACACCCUCCUGCAAGGUUACUCAGGGAUUAGAUUUGAGAUAUUAGAAGCUCUUACAAAGCUCCUUAAUCACAAUAUUACUCCAUGCUUGCCUCUCCGAGGCACGAUCACUGCCUCGGGCGAUCUCGUCCCAUUGUCAUACAUUGCGGCUUUAUUAACUGGCAGGCCGAAUUCCAGGAGCGUAGGGCCUAGUGGUCAGUCACUCAAUGCAGGGGAAGCUUUUGAACUUGCCGGGAUCAAAGGCGGCUUCUUUGAGCUGCAGCCUAAGGAAGGUCUUGCACUUGUUAACGGAACAGCUGUAGGGUCUGGAUUGGCCUCUAUUGUUCUGUUCGAGGCAAAUAUACUUGCAGUGUUAUCUGAGGUCUUGUCAGCUGUAUUCGCUGAAGUUAUGCAAGGUAAACCAGAGUUUACCGACCAUUUGACGCAUAAAUUGAAGCAUCAUCCUGGUCAGAUUGAAGCUGCAGCUAUAAUGGAACACAUUUUAGAUGGAAGUGCAUAUGUCAAGGCAGCAAAAGCACUACAUGAAAUGGAUCCACUCAUGAAGCCAAAACAGGAUAGAUAUGCGCUUCGAACUUCACCACAGUGGCUUGGACCUCAAAUUGAAGUGAUCAGAUCCUCAACUAAAUCAAUUGAGCGCGAGAUCAAUUCAGUUAAUGAUAACCCUUUGAUUGAUGUGUCCAGGAGCAAGGCCUUACACGGAGGGAAUUUCCAGGGGACCCCGAUUGGAGUAUCAAUGGACAACACUAGACUAGCACUUGCAGCAAUCGGGAAGCUCAUGUUUGCUCAAUUCUCGGAGCUUGUCAAUGACUUCUACAACAAUGGGUUGCCUUCAAAUUUAUCAGGGGGAAGAAAUCCAAGCUUGGAUUAUGGUUUUAAAGGAGCUGAAAUCGCAAUGGCGUCCUAUUGUUCUGAGCUUCAAUUUCUUGCCAACCCUGUCACUAAUCAUGUCCAGAGCGCAGAGCAACACAACCAAGAUGUCAACUCCUUGGGAUUGAUAUCUUCGAGAAAAACAGCAGAGGCAGUAGAUAUAUUGAAGCUCAUGUCUUCAACAUACUUAGUUGCAUUGUGCCAGGCAAUUGACCUGAGGCAUUUGGAGGAAAACUUGAAGAAUGCAGUGAAGAACACAGUGAAUCAAGUGGCAAAGAAAGUUCUUACAAUGGGCCUCAAUGGGGAGCUCCAUCCUUCCAGAUUCUGCGAGAAGGAUUUACUGAAAGUUGUUGACAGGGAACAUGUGUUCACAUACAUCGAUGAUCCCUGCAGCGCUUCUUAUCCCCUUAUGCAGAAGCUCAGGCAAGUUCUUGUUGAUCAUGCCCUGAUCAAUAAUGAUGACUUGAAUAUCAAAAGUUCAAUUUUCCUCAAGAUUGUAACUUUUGAAGAUGAACUGAAAACCCUUUUACCUAAAGAAAUCGAAAGUGCAAGGAGUGCGUUCGAAAGUGGGAAUCCUGUGAUUCCAAACAAGAUCAAGGAGUGCAGGUCUUAUCCAUUGUACAAGUUUGUCAGGGAAGUUCUGGGGACUACAAUGUUGACAGGGGAGAAAGUAAAGUCCCCAGGAGAGGAAUUUGACAAGGUUUUCGCGGCAAUUUGCAAGGGUAGAUUGAUAGAUCCAUUGCUGGAAUGUAUCAAAGGGUGGGAUGGUGUUCCAUUACCUUUACAUUGAGCUUUAUUACCCAAAAAUUAAAUGCGUAUUUUCAUCUCUUAAGGUAGAAGACAGAGUUGGUUUGAAGAUCUUGCAAGGAAACAGUUUGUUUCAGUACAGCAUUAAAUUUGUUUUCAGUUCACCAGUACCUUCUCUGCUGUUAUUGACUUAUUGAUGUACAGAAAACUAUUGUUUGUUGGAUUUCUCAUCAGCCAAAUGGGAUAAUCUCUAAAACUGUUUGCGCUUUUUUUUUUUUUUUCUUUUAUGAUAAUUCCGAAUAAUUAAAUAAUAAUUAUUCUAUCUAAGCAUACUUUUUAACGUUUCCUAAUUUUUUUUACAUUUUCAAUAAAAAACACCUAAAGAGAUUAAUUUGAAAAUAAGAAUGCCAGCGAUUCGGGGAUAGAUAAAUCAUGAGGUUUUUAAGUAUACACAAACUAAAGAUCUCCACUCAACCAUGUCAUGCGCUUUCGAACCCUAAGGUCUUUCAAUCUUUUUAUCAAUUGCUAAGACUCCGGUAUCUAGAAGACUAAAACAAACAUCAUUCCAGAAAACCUUGCAUGCUCAAAAAAUCCAAUCAUCGAAAAGAUGCACGAAAUAUCCAAUCAUUAUCAACUGUUACCAAAAAAAAAAAAAAGCAGAGAAAUUGGUGGCAGUAUCCAUUAUUAAACCCUAUGCUAUACAUAUUGCAGAUAUAUACUAAUCUGCACCCAAAACAAACAUGCUUAACAUAAGAAGGUCCCAAGUUCAGGGAAGAAAGGAUGAUUUAGUGUAGCGGCGUGAACUGUAACGACAGCUAAUCGACACUGACAAAGAGGAUUGACAAAUUUGUGUACAUAACCUAGCAACAAUCUUUACGGAAUAAACAGAUGCAGCAUAAGGGGCCAAAACCGUCAAAUGUAACACAAACCAGAUUCAAAUUUAUAACUAUAACUCAACCUAAAAAGGAAGUAAUCAUCAGCAUUUAUUCUUUCUCCACUGGAACUUAUCAUAAUCACUUCCUUCGACAACUACCAAGGUGCAAUUGGAACUUAAAAGAAAAGAGAGAGAGAACUCCAGAAUCCAGAUACCUUACCUUAUUUGAAACUUAAUUUAAUGCGUGCAAGCUAUUCUGAAGUAUCCACCAGAAGAGAUUUGCAUCGAUUACCUGCG